AUGUGGACAGCAGAGAAGAUACCUGUAUGGGACGUGGACACUGCCAUGGCCUAUACUGACAUGGCCUGUCACAAGCUGGCCAGCCUCGCUCACACCACCCACAGCCACAGCGCUCACGGGGGACGCCUUCACUGCCAGCCCCAACUGGAAGCCUUGUCCGGCCAGGGCAUGGAAGGAGACAGGUGGACAUCCCCACCCAAAACUAAGAGACCCUGGGUCCAGAAACUUCUGACUCCCUGGAUCAUCAGAGAAGGUGACUGGGAACAGCUUCAGGAUGAGGCCCACAUGCGGCAGCAGCAAAGGAUUCGGGAGUGUCCACUGCUUCUGGCAUCAAAGGCCAACGAUCUGUGUACCCUCAAGGACUUGCUGCUAGGUGGGGCCUGCGACCACCAGAGAGGAGCCCUGGGGGAGACCGCCCUGCACGUGGCCGCGCUCUACGACAACCUGGAGGCCGCCCUACUGCUGAUGGAGGCCUCCCCCGAGCUGGUCCGGGAGCCCAUGGUGUCCGAGCUGUACGAGGGCCAGACCGCACUGCACAUCGCUGUGGUGAACCAGAACGUGAACUUGGUGCGUGCCCUGCUCGCCCAUGGGGCCAGCGUCUCGGCCAGAGCCACGGGGGUGGCCUUCCGCCGCAGCCCCCACAACCUCAUCUAUUUUGGGGAGCACCCUCUGUCCUUUGCUGCCUGUGUGGGCAGUGAGGAGAUAGUGCGUCUGCUCAUUGAGCAUGGAGCGGACAUUCGCGCCCAGGAUGCCCUGGGAAACACGGUCCUGCACAUCCUCACACUGCAGCCUAACAAGACCUUCGCCUGCCAGAUGUACAACCUGCUGCUGUCCUACGACGGGCGCCAGGGGGACCCCUUGCAGCCGCUGGACCUCGUGCCCAACCACCAGGGCCUCACCCCCUUCAAGCUGGCCGGGGUGGAGGGCAACACUGUGAUGUUCCAGCACCUGAUGCAGCGGCGGAAGCACAUCCAGUGGACCUACGGGCCGCUGACCUCCACCCUCUACGACCUCACUGAGAUCGACUCCUGGGGAGAUGAGCUGUCCUUUCUGGAACUCGUGGUUUCCUCCAAGAAGAGAGAGGCGCGCCAGAUCCUGGACCAGACGCCCGUCAAGGAGCUGGUGAGCCUCAAGUGGAAGCGGUACGGGCGGCCGUACUUCUGCGUGCUGGGCGCCGUCUACCUGCUGUAUAUCGUCUGCUUCACCAUGUGCUGCGUCCACCGCCCCCUCAAAAUCCGGGGAGCCAACCGCACACACUCUCGGGACAUCACCAUCCUCCAGCAGAAACCGCUCAAGGAGGCCUACGUGACCUGCCAGGAUUACGUCCGACUGGUGGGUGAGCUGGUGACUGUCUUUGGAGCCGUGAUCAUCCUGCUGGUGGAGAUUCCAGACAUCUUCAGAGUUGGGGCUUCUCGGUAUUUCGGGCAGACCAUUCUUGGGGGUCCAUUCCAUGUCAUCAUAAUCACUUAUGCCUGCUUGGUGCUGGUCACUAUGGUCAUGAGGCUCACGAAUGCCAGUGGGGAGGUGGUGCCCAUGUCCUUUGCCCUGGUGCUGGGCUGGUGCAGUGUCCUCUACUUUGCCCGUGGAUUCCACAUGCUGGGCCCCUUCACCAUCAUGAUCCAGAAGAUGAUCUUCGGAGACCUGAUGCGAUUCUGCUGGCUCAUGGCUGUGGUCAUCCUGGGCUUUGCCUCAGCGUUCUACAUCAUCUUCCAGACGGAGGACCCGAACAACCUGGGCCAUUUCUAUGACUACCCCAUGGCGCUGCUCAGCACCUUCGAGCUCUUCCUCACCAUCAUCGACGGGCCAGCCAACUACAAUGUGGACCUGCCCUUCAUGUUCAGUGUGGUCUACUGCGCCUUCGCCAUCUUCGCCACACUGCUCAUGCUCAACCUGUUCGUCGCCAUGAUGGGGGACACUCACUGGCGGGUGGCCCAAGAGCGAGAUGAGCUCUGGAGGGCUCAGAUUGUAGCCACGACAAUGAUGUUGGAGCGGAAGCUGCCUCGCUGCCUGUGGCCUCAUUCUGGCAUCUGUGGGCGCGAGUUUGGGCUGGGGGACCGCUGGUACCUGAGAGUGGAGACCCACCAUGAGCAGAACCCCCACCGAGUGCUUCGCUACAUGGGAGCCUUCAAGGGCCCUGACAAAGACGACGGGCAAGACCAGCGUUCAGGGGAGCCCUCUGGGGCUCACAGUGAGAUCCGCACCAGAGCCUCACUGGCCCCACCCGUGCCUUCUCUGUCGCGGACCACGUCCCGUAGCAGCAGCAGCAGCAGCCACCGAGGCUGGGAAGUCCUUCGUCACAACACCUGGGGACAUGUGAACCUAGGGCUGGACCUCAGUGAGAGGAAUGGGGAGGAGAAAGUCUACCAGAUCUGA